AGGAACGAAGCGUCAGAAGCCGAACGUCAGCAAACAGUUUCCGCUCGCUAGCUGCUGUGGUGGCACACAGCACAGAAAACAACAACAAACAAAUAUGCGUACAAUGUGUGUAUGUAGUAGCAGCGGCAGCGGCAGCCGCAGCUGAAGAAGAGGCAGCCGAAACAGGCUAAGGCUACAGGAUAGUGAGCAACGCAAAAACAACGUCGAUAAUAGCGCCCAGCAGGCAUUGCGGCAACAGCCAAUCACAGGGCGCGCACUAAUGGUGGGCGUAUACCAAACAGCCAUUUCCAAAUAAUUCACCACACACACAUACACAAAGCGAUGCAAACAAAAGCAAUAUAAUGCGCAAACACACACACAACCACACAAACCGCCACAGCGUUGUUGUUGUGCGUUACUUUCUGGUGGCGGUUUGGCCGAGCACACAUAUGCGGAGUGCCACCGCUUGCCGCUUGCCUGCGCCGCACAUCGACGGCUUCAAAAACCAGUUGCCACAGCGGCAGCAGCUACAGUCACAUUCGAGCUACUCACAACAACGGAGCAGUUGCCACAGACGACACACCAGAAACCAAAGAAACAGCGUACAAGUAAGCGAGCCAUCAAGCGGAAGUCACAGAAUCAGAAGCCAACUAGCACCAGCCUAUACACAAACUAACUACGCUCAGCGAGUCACGCACACACACACACAUACACAACAGAACUAGCUAAGUGUUCGUGCGUUAAGGUUAAGAGCGCGCUCACAUAUACACAAGCCGAACGCAUACAGAAACAGUGCCUGCGAAGUUGAGUGAAAGACACUUUGAAAAUUGAGUUGCUCGCGAGUAGCCAAACCAGAAAUCAGUUUGAGUCGAGACGUUGUCCGAGCAACAUUGACAGUUAGUGCGGACGUCGAGUGUUCUGUAAAAAACAACAAGAGUCGUUAAUUCGUUAAAGCAAAGACGUAAAUUUGAGAUUUAAGAACUAAGUUCAGUGAGCUAAAAAGAUUUAAGCGACGAAAAUCCAGAGUUUAUCCAAACAAGUGAAUAUACAGCCAAAUAUGUCCUCCAGAUCGGCUUCGCCACUGAGCAACGUGACGGUGGACGACGAGAUAAGCAUAAAAGAGCACGAUUUUGCCCCAGAGUACCUGGUCAUCAAAGAGGAACGCGAGAGCAGCAUUUCGCCCAUAUUGACACCGCCGCACACGCCGACGGAAGAACACACGCGCGCACGCCACCAACAGCCAACACACAUGAGCAGCAUAACGCUCUACGAAAUGGAGCAGCAACAAUUGCAAACACAGCAACUGCAGUUGCAGCAACAACACCCACAGAUGCCACUCUUACAGCCGCCACCACAACCGCAGCGCCGCCCCUAUCCCACCGCCAUGCUAGAAGCACAACAAUUGCAGCAACAGCAGGCGGCACAGCAGCAGCAGCAACAACAACAGCAUCGCUUGUGGUUGCACAUGCAACAGCAGCAGCAUCAGCAACACCAAGCCGCUGCCGCCUAUGCUUACGGUCAUGCGGCGCAAUUUCUGCCCGGUUCAACGGUGGCCGCCGACGCGGUGCAACAACAUCAGGCGCUGCUCAUGAACCAGUGGCUGCGCAGUGCCGCGCUCUACCACCAGCACCCGCACGCACCGCACCCACACGCAAUGCCAGCAGGCGCUGCUGCGCCCCACAUACGCCCCUAUCCCGCGCUCCACCCACUACAUCCCGCCGCACGCCUCGGCCUGCCCGCGGCCAUGAAGUUGGCUGGCGCUACACCCGGCGCUGGCAGCCGCCCAAAGAAACAGUUCAUUUGCAAGUACUGCAAUCGCCACUUCACCAAGUCGUACAACCUGCUCAUACACGAACGCACACACACCGAUGAGCGGCCGUAUUCGUGCGACAUUUGCGGCAAGGCAUUCCGGCGACAGGAUCACUUGCGCGAUCACCGCUAUAUACACUCCAAGGAGAAGCCGUUCAAGUGCAGCGAUUGCGGCAAGGGUUUCUGCCAAUCGCGCACGCUCGCCGUGCAUAAGGUCACGCAUUUGGAGGAGGCGCCACACAAGUGCCCCAUCUGCCAGCGUAGCUUCAAUCAGCGCGCCAACUUGCGCAGUCAUUUGCACAGCCACACCGAGGCGCAAUUGGCGGCGAUCAAGCAGUGCAGCAGCGAUGCCAAAUGCAGUGACUUGACCAUGUCACCGGAUGAUGUGCCAACAACAACGCUGAACAGCGCGACCAGCAGCACCGCGACAACACCCAUACUUGAUCUCUCCGCCUCGGGUGUGCAGCGCAUCAACUGCUGUCAGCGACCGAAACGGGCGCUUGGUUUCAGCAUCGAUGAAAUCAUGAGCAGGUAGACGGUCACAGUCGCAGCAAUUGCAAAUAGACAUUGGUGCAAGUUAGCAGAGCGCGGCAGCAGCGACUGUGAAAAGUUCGCAAUGGAGGCUGCAAGUUCCCCAACGAGCGCUGCCGCGGCGGCGGAGGGCAGUUGGCUUGUCAUGUACAUAUAUAUGGCGGCGGCGCGUUACAUUCCGGCAUGGACGGCCACAGCCCGCGGCUGGACGAGCGGUGGCGACAAAGGACCGCAUGGCGGCUGCGCUUCUGGAUUCCCGAUCCGCUGCAGGUUGUCGGCCAUGCAGUGUUCACAACAAAAGUUCCCAGUUAUGACCCGUAAAGAGGCUGUUUUGUCUCAUGGUUGGAGACACUAACACACACACACACACACAUACAAGUUAAUUCAAGUCAUCAUUACCAUUAGUUAAAUGCAUAGUGAAUCACAAACACUCACACUCAUACACAUGAAGAAAUGUUUAGGUUUAGCCACAUAGAUUUAUUAAAACUAAAAUAAAAAUACAACAACAACAAAAAGCAAAAAUGCCAAAGCAAAAGUAUUUAUGGAAAGGCCGUUUCGCGCGCGUUUCACUUAAUUUAUGAGCGUCUUCGACACAAGCGAUCGUCGUCGGCGCAAGAGAUAAACACACCACACCAAGCACCUUUGCAAAUGCACAUGAACAUACACACGCAACUGUAUGCAUGUAUGUAUGUAUGUACGUAGGCCAGUUAUAGUAGGUACAAGUUAUUUUAAUUUAAAUUGUAUAAAUGUUUGUAUGUAAUUUGUUAUAUGAUAAAUUAGCGAAUUUUUUGUUUCUCCAGUUUUUGCUGUACCUAAUAGUUGUAGGUUGUAAUUUAGAGAAAAUCGCCGAUUUCACGGCUUCAUAGACUGCUUUAUUUAUACUUAAAUGUAUGUAUGUAUUGAAAAUAUUCAAAUCAAAUAAUAUAAUGUUUUUGGAAACCUAAAAAAAUACGCAUUUUUAUUUAAUGGUGUUUACUAUGAAAGACCACAGCGCAGCCUCAGACGCGCUGGAGUCAGGCGCGCUGCUGUUUUGGGUGCGCCGGUGGCUUGAAUAAUUUAUAAUUGUGGCACUAAGCAACAAAGCGACGGCGCUCGAAGACGCAGUGAUCUCAUUGUCAGCGCGCUUCGUCUAUUUGGGCAUAUAUCACACGCUUGUUUGUAUGUAUGUAUGUAUGCAUAGCUGUGUG